AUGACGAUGAACACUGAAGUGAUGGUCACUGGUGACCACCACGAUGUUUCCUUGCUUUCAGUGUGCCGUGCCAUUCAGCAGUUCGAAGAGACGCCACAGUACACCGAGGUGAAUCCCGGACAGGACGCCAAGCUGAUCUGUCGCGUGCUGGGAAAGAGGGGUCAAUGCAUCUGGCAGAAGGAUCAAAAACCUAUUGGAAUGCACCUGAAGAAGUACGAGUGGGUGGGUUCCCCGGACAUCGGAGACUGUUCCCUGUGGGUGAGAUCGGCCACCCUGGAGUUCGACGACGGUCUGUGGCAGUGCCAGGUCACGGCCAGUGACUUCACGACGCAGGACGCGUUGGCAUCCGAACCGGCGAGGCUGGUCGUCAGAGUCAGCCCUCAGCGACCGCAGAUAGAGUACGCGGGUCGUCAAAUCCUACCGGGCAGCAACGUGACAGCUCGAGCAGGUGAGAUCGCUACGCUCACUUGCAGAGCGCGGUAUGGGAAUCCUUCGCCUCUAAUUAAAUGGUACGUCGGCGAAACCGAGGUGAGGACGCUGAGGCCUCAGGUAAACUCCACGGAGAAGGAUAAUCCCCGCACUUGGGCCACCUACAGCGUCUGCGAGAUUAUGGCUGAACGGUCGCGCUAUGGACAGCCGAUCAGGUGCGUCGCCAUUCAUCCCGCCUACGCCAACCCGACCAUGUCCUCCAGCACGGAAGUGAGAUUCGACGUUCGAUACGCGCCCGAAACGAGACUGGUGGGCGUACCGACCGGCCAGCUGGAAGAAGGUCGUGAUCAGCUGGAGAUCCGAUGCCUGGCGGACGCGAAUCCCUCCGCCUCGAUCCUCUGGAGGAAAACGAAGAGCCCGGGGGAGUCGGAGGUGGCCAGUAUAGGGGAAACCCUUCUAUUCUCGCCGAUCUAUAGAAAUCACGCGGCAGUCUAUAUCUGCGAGGCGGCCAACACCGAGGGUGAAAGCAGCCCCGUGUCCGUUCAAGUGUCCGUUAACUAUCCCCCGACGAUCAGAACGGUGGGGCCCGAUCGUUUGACCACGGCGUUGCUGUAUUCCGGCGCAUCGUUCGAGUGCACGGCCGACGCCAUGCCUCCGGCUGAAUACAGGUGGGCCCAGAUCUUCACCGAUGGCCGGAUGCCAUUGGAGUGCGGAACAGGGCAACGAUUGAUCCUGACGAACGUGACGUACGAGCAACAGGGUCAAUACAUAUGUCUCGCCUCGAACAAGAUCAAUGGAAACGUCAGGGAAGUUAAAAGCGACCCUGUGUCUCUCCAAGUGGUCGGCGCGCCCAUGGUGGUGAAGCCUGGCAUCACGGAGAAGUUCGUCGUCGCAACUACGGAAGGGAGUCCAGCGAAAUUAGAGAUCCGACUCUGCUCCGACCCGAAGCCCAGACUCGUGGCCUGGGAAUGGGGCAGCACCAGACUCCACGCCGGUGAGAUGCUGGAGUCGCGGUACCGAGCGUUGGAUCUGGAGCCACUUCCGGUGGAGGAUUGUUACGUGGCCAUUUUGGAGCUGAUCAACACCGUGAAGGAGGACCAGAGGCUGUACCACGUGAUCGUGGAGAACGAUCGUGGCAGCGAUCGUCGUGCGUUGAUGUUGAGAGUCGACGAGCCGGGCCAGAUUCCACUCGUUAUCGGAGCUGUCGCUGGGUUUACGGUGCUCUCGGUCCUGGUAAUGGGAUUCGUUUGUUUCCUACGUUCGGAUAGAUGCUGCGUGGUCAGGAACACGGUGCCUGCGCUGCAGCAGGUGCAUUGCACAAAAGCGUCGAACACGAUGAUCGAGGACCCGCGUCUGGCCGUGGACACUAUGGAACGCGCCAGCCAGCAGUACGCCUCCGAAAAGCGACCGAAUCACGUUCUGAAGCCCGUCCCGUCGCAGCAGUACCCACAAGACUGUUACCAGCACGAACCCCCUCACCAGCAGCCACACUAUCAGAGGCAUCAUCACCACCACCAUGGCCAACCCCACGGACCACAAUACACCCUUCAGGGGGAGCAGCUGUUUCUCAAACCAGAUCGUUUAGCGACACUGAAGCCCCACUGCAAGAUCGAGAAGCCGCCACAGUACACGACGUUCAAGCCGAGCUCGAACAACUGAAGAUUUUAAUGUUUCUAUUUUAUAUCGAUGUACACACGCACACUCGCACACGACGUAGGGGUGGAAAAGGAGGACGAUAAAAGAGGGAAGGGAGAAAAUGGAGUGAAUCGAUUAGGAUCGACGAGACUGAACCAGUGGCACACAAUCAAAAACAAGGAGAUCAACCCACCCCAGUAAUUCGCUCUCCCUUCGUUCGUUACGAUUCGCUGCGAAGGCGGUUUCUUUGUAAUAUUCUCCCCCCGCCCACCCCCCCCCCCUUCUUGUCCCUUUUUUCGUCGCGUGACAGACGAAGAUUGUCGCUCGAACGCACAAGAACCGGCGGGACGCAAAGGUCGAUGGACCCUUUGAACCCCGGAGGAACACGCGACCAGGUCGCCAAAAUGUUAAUCGUCUAGAUUCCAUUAGUGAGGAUUAAUUUUUGUCGCGCAAGAUAAUAC